AUGGAAGGACGAUCAGAGCCCAGUGGUUCCAAGAGUGCCCCCACGGCAAAGACCAAGGAUGAGCGCAGACGUCAAGUCAAAUUCCGCAAACGCCGCUCCCACAUCUUCAAGAAGUCCAGCGAACUUUCUACUCUUUGCGGAGCCAAUGUAGCGGUGAUUGCGUUUUCUCCGUCGAACAAGGCGUAUUCGUUCGGAUCGCCGAAUGUAAACGCCGUGAUCGGCCCGCUGUUGGGUGAGAGCCAACGCCCGGAAACCCUUACGGACAGAUUAACUGAGGCUCGCCGGAACGCCGCCGCGACGGAGGAGCUGAACGCGGAACUGCUCGGUCUGCAGAAGAGGCUGGAAGAAGAGAAGCGGCGCGGGCGGGCUCUCGAUCAGAAGAGGAUGGCCAGACAGAGAGAGAACUGGUGGGAGGCCCCCAUCGAAGAGAUGGAACUUGAGCAGUUGGAGCGGCUGAAGGUGGCGAUGGAGGAAGUGCAAAUUGGGACCCUCAAUCAGGUGGCCAUUUUGACGCGGGAGAAGGUCGUCAGUAAUUUCGAAGGUGGUGCCCCUCCGUCCGCCGGUGGUCCUCCUCUGUCCGCAGGUGGUCCUCCUCCAUCUGAUUCAGGCCCGAGUUCGAGCUCCGCCGUUUGA